AUGAAUCAAAGAAGAAGAAAAUCAACUUUGGAAAAUCUUUUGAGGCUCGGAAAUAUUCUUUUCGCACAAAACACCCACGAUCAACGCUUGAUACGAAAAGAAUGGAAAAGAAAUAUGGCGCAUGGCUUGGCGUCGGUCAGUCGUCAUGGCGUCGGUGCAGCACCAGCGCCACCAACCUUAGAUCCCACUUUGUACCGAACUAAAACGUGGGACCGACCGGCCUUUGUUUCCUUCUCUCAAAUUAUGCAGUCACGCAUGGAGAAGCAAGCCAGACUCUCUGGGCAAAUUUCUCGUACUCACGACAAUACCAAAAGGCUCGGUCAAGCAAAUAUAACUCAAGGAGUACUUGAAGCCCGACUUCAGGCACUCGAAGAAAAAUGGAGACAAUUCCAAAAUGAUCACGAUAAAAUUGAAAAUGAAGCAUCAAGCGACGACAUGAAAAUGAGGUACUUUACAGAAGAUUUUUUCUCAACAACGGAAGAAAUUUAUCUCACGCAAAAAGGAAAGUUAUUGGACUAUCUUCGUGUAUUUGUUGACAGACCUCCCGAAGUUGCAAGAAAUGACCCCAUUCCAAUAGUACGACAAUCACUGCCAAAAAUCAAUAUCCCAAAAUUCUCGGGAGACUUUACCGAAUGGCUAAACUUUCGCGAUCUCUUCAAGUCUAUGGUGAUUGACGCACCGUUGUCGCCAAUAGAGCGAAUGCACUAUCUAAAAACUAAUCUAACAAAGGAAGCCUCUUCCCUAAUUGCUUCAGUGCCUUCCACUGCUGACAAUUUUGAAGUCGCGUGGCAGCUUCUUUCCUCUAGAUAUGACAAAACUCGCUUAUUAACCAAUGCUCAAAUUGCUAGCCUUUUCUCACUCCCAGCUAUGACCUCGGAGUCCUCCUCGGAUCUGAAGGUCCUCUACAACGGAACCUCCAAUGCACUCGGUGCAUUGAGGGCAUUAGGACGCCCCGUUGACAAUUGCGACGAUUUUAUCGUGUAUAUGACAGUGCAAAAGUUAGAUAAGCAAUCUCGGCGCGAGUGGGAAGCCUCUGUCGGAGCAAAAAAGGAACCAUCUACUUUCAAGGAACUGCAAUCCUUUCUCGAGAAUCGCAUUUGCUCCAUCGAGGCCCUCGAAGGAGCGACAAAACCUCGCGAAAGCUCAGCAUCUACGAAAACCGCACCCUCAAGCAUUGUUCGUAACUCGAAAAAACCAUCCAGCUCGUCGCCUCAUCAGGGAGUCAAAUCUCACGUAUCAAGCACCUCUCCAACCAAUCAGAAAUGCGCUUUAUGCCAAGAAGGACAUUUCGUUCUCUUCUGCGAAGCCUUUCGUGCUAAAACGGCUGAAGACCGAAAGUCCUUCGUGCUAGAAAACAAAUUGUGCCUAAACUGCCUUGGGCACCACUACGCUCGCGACUGUCGUUCUCGUAAAACGUGUCAAGCCUGCAAGGGCAAGCAUCAUACCACUCUUCAUGACUCUUACUCAUCACCGGCUACAACGGUCAACUCAAUUGGUGCUAAGCAACCACCUGAGAGACCAACUACCUCGACGUCAACUCAACUCGCAACUCACAACGCUGAAGCACCAAGAGCUGCAUCAACUCGCAUUCUUCUUGCCACUGCUCUCGUCGACGUCUCGACUUCAAGCGAUAACAAAUUUUUAGUGCGCGCGCUCAUCGACCAAGGGUCUGAAGCAACAUUUAUCUCCGAAUCUCUCGCUCAACGAAUGAAUGUCGCGCGAUCAUCCACGUCGGUAAUUAUUACUGGCAUAGGAGCCAACGCUGCUACGACAUCACGAGGAUCUGUUUCUCUCUGGCUAACGUCUCGCGUAAAUUCGGACUUUAAGUGUCAAGUGAGCGCCCUCGUUCUCCCGAAAUUGACAGCCUAUCAACCACCGAGUCUCAUACUGACAUCACGAUGGAAGCACCUUGAUGGCCUCCCUUUAGCUGACCCAGACUAUUCUUCAACACGUCCCAUUGAGCUAUUACUUGGUGCUGACGUUUACGCACAACUAAUUCUCGAUGGAGUGCGAAAGGGAAACGCUAAUACUCCGGUGGCUCAAAACACGCAAUUAGGCUGGAUAAUCUCUGGCCAAAUUGCAGCAAACUCGCCUAAUUGCCUACCACUGAACAGCAUGCAAAUCUCGCUCGACAAUUCUCUUUCUUUAUCUCUCCAGCGAUUCUGGGAACAAGAAGAGAUGGCACCUCCGCAUCCGAGUCUUCGUCCAGACGAAGCCGAAUGCGAAAAUCAUUUCAUCAACACACACUCUCGUGAGCAAGAUGGUAGAUACACAGUACGUCUACCUCUAAAGAAACCUCUUGACUCUCUAGGUGACUCCUACAUUCCGGCAACGAAAAUGCUACACCGAAUGGAACAUCGCUUCUCACAGGACACCAAAUUCUUCGAAGCCUACUCUGCCUUCAUGACAGAGUAUGAAACUCUAAACCACAUGGAAGUCAUUUCGUCAACGAGCUCAAUACCAAAAACGUCCUACUAUCUACCGCAUCACGGUGUAAUGCGAGAGUCAAGUACUACUACAAAGCUUCGAGUCGUUUUCAACGGAUCGCAGAAAACUAACGCCGGACAUUCUCUAAAUGAUCAUCUUCACGUGGGCCCAAAGAUUUUGCCUGAACUCGUCAGCAUCUUACUUCGAUGGAGAGCGCACGCAGUCGUGUUUUCCGCCGAUAUGGAAAAAAUGUAUAGACAAGUAUUGGUGCAUGAAGAGGAUCGUGAUCUUCAACGAAUUUGCUGGAGAAAGGACUCCUCAUUGGAAAUUAAUACUUACCGUCGUCGCACGGUAACGUACGGCCUCACGUGUGCUCCCUUCCUCGCAAUAAGAGUGCUCCGUCAACUCGCUCAUGAUGAAAGGGAUCGCUUCCCAAUUGGAGCCUCAGCACUUUCAAGCGACGUCUACGUCGAUGACGUUUUAUCUGGUGCUGACGACAUCACCAGUGCCUUGAUCAAGCAAAACGAAUUAAUCGAGUUGCUCAAGGCGGGCGGUUUCACUUUACGGAAAUGGACCUCAAACACUCCAGAACUUCUUGAACAUCUAACGCCUGAAGUCAGAGCCACGACAACGUCGAUCGUCUGGCAACCGGAAACCUUCCACAUGCUGGGGCUAUCAUGGCAAUCGAGCAGUGACUCUUUUCUUUUCCAGUUAAACACUACCAAGCUUCAGCAUCCUCUAACAAAAAGAAAUGUGUUGUCGCGUAUUGCUCAACUCUUCGACCCGCUCGGAUGGCUAGCACCAGUUGUUAUACUCGCAAAAAUAUUCAUGCAAUCCCUGUGGCUGCUUAAACUCGAAUGGGAUGACGCUUUACCUGACGAACAAGUCAACCGUUGGAUCGAAAUUCAUUCAGAUCUACCAGCAAUCUCGAAUUUCCGCAUUCCUCGAUGGCUCGGAUUAAACUCAUCGCAACAGACUGUCGAGCUUCAUGGUUUCGGGGACGCGUCACAGCUUGCUUAUGCUGCUGUAAUGUAUUUGCGCAUUAUUCGUGAUGGACAAUCUUCGGUUACUCUCGUAUCGUCCAAAACGAAAGUCGCUCCGGUCAAACAAGUUUCCCUGCCGCGAUUAGAACUUUGUGCUGCUAACCUCGUCACGCGACUAGCUAAAACUAUCCUUGCUAUGCUCAAACUCGAUUGUCCGGUUCACCUUUGGUCAGACUCGACGAUAACACUUGCGUGGAUACGUGCACACCCGACCAAGUGGACAACCUACGUAGCUAAUCGUGUAGCUGACAUUCAACUUGCUCUCCCGAAUGCUAUUUGGCACCACGUUGAAUCAGCAAGCAAUCCGGCAGAUUGCGCAUCUCGAGGAGUUCUCGCAUCGGACCUUCAAGACCACUCUCUCUGGUGGAGAGGCCCUGAAUGGUUGCACGAAGAUGCUAACAACUGGCCGUCCAGUCCUCGUAAACCUCCGAAUGAUCUUCCAGAAACUCGUUUAACGUCUCACGCCGUCGCCGAACAAAUUGACGAGCCAUACCAUCUCCUCACCAAGUACUCGAACUUGACAAGGUUAUCAAGAAUCACUGCUUGGUGUUGUCGUGUCAAUCUCACAAAAAAUGGGCAACUUCUCCAACUGAGCCCCCUUCUCGACGACAAAGGUCAUCUCCGCGUGGGCGGACGGCUAAAAAACUCACUUCUCGAUCCUGAUGAGAAACACCCUUACAUUCUACCAAGCCGAUCUCCAUUGACUAAGUUACUCAUCGAACAUUAUCAUAAGGAAACUCUUCACGGCGGAGUGCAGCUCACUCUCGCCACCCUCCGACAACGAUACUGGGUGAUUGGUGGUCGCACUGCAGUGAAAGCGGUCAUACACAGAUGUCUUAUUUGCGUGCGACACCGAGCUACGACAGCGACUCAAAUCAUGGGAAAUCUUCCGAAGGCUCGAGUCACCCGAGCUCGACCCUUCCUCCACUCUGGAGUAGAUUACGCUGGUCCAAUCUACCUUCAAACUGCGAAAGGAAGGGGACACAAAUCGUACAAGGCUUACAUUGCCGUGUUCGUUUGCUUUUCGACAAGAGCGGUACACCUUGAAGCCGUAUCCGACUACACCACUGAUAGCUUCUUGGCGGCAUUCCGGCGAUUUGUUUCGCGCAGAGGAAAGUGCGCUACACUUACAAGUGAUUGCGGAACAAAUUUUGUAGGAGCAGACGCUGAACUACGAGCUCUCCUUGCUACUACUUCUGCUGAAUCCGAGAAAAUCGCGAAUAUUCUCGCCAACGAUGGAACGUUGUGGAAGUUUAACCCCCCAGCGGCUCCGCACUUCGGCGGACUCUGGGAAGCAGCGGUGAAAUCGACAAAACAUCAUCUUCGACGAGUGCUAGGCGAGAACACCUUGACUUUCGAGGAAAUGACUACACUACUGACACAAGUGGAAGCUUGUCUCAACUCUCGUCCACUCCAAGCUCUCACAGACGAUCCUGACGAUCUGUCAGCGCUCACGCCAGCUCAUUUUUUAAUAGGUGAACCCCUCACUGCCGUCCCGGAACCGUCUCUCGUCAACUUACCUCACUCACGCCUAUCAAGAUUUCAGCUCAUUCAGCAAAUGCAACGUCACUUCUGGAAUCGAUGGUCAUCUGAGUAUCUGCAUACUCUGCAGUCCCGGCACAAGUGGCAACAACCUCAGCCUUCUCUGCAAAUCGGUGACCUCGUUCUUAUAAAAAACGAACAAUUACCACCGACUAAGUGGCCUUUAGCUCGUGUCACUAACGUUCAUUCGGGAGAAGAUAAAAAAAUCCGCGUUGCUACUGUUAAGACAGCAACAUCAUCAUUAACUCGCCCAGUUGUGAAGCUUUGCCCUUUACUCAAAAGUGACGAAGCCCAAUAA